GUCGCGCCUCCUCCGUGGCUCUGGUUCCAGUGGAGCCUCACCGACGCGGAGAUGGAAAGCCCGAGGCUGCUCCCGCCUCGAGGGACACGACAGAGCGGCGGUGCUGGCAGCCCCGCGGGCGCCAGCCGGUUCCACGGCGGCCCUGACCCGCGGGCUGGCCAGGUCCCCGCGCGCCGCCUCCUGCUGCUCCGGGGCCCCCAAGAUGGCGGGCCCGGGAGGCGGCACGAGGAGGCCCGAGCGGCCUCACGGGGCCCGGGCCCGAGCCCGUUGGCGCCGAGGUCGGAUCACGCUGGCGGCGGCGGCGGCGGCGACAGCGAUGACUUCUUCCUGGUGUUGCUGGACCCGGCGGGUGGCGAUGUGGAGACCACGGGCGCCGGCCAGGCCGCAGGGCCUGUAUGGAGGGAGGAGGCCGAGUCGGUCCCACAGCUCCAGCAGGGUGAGAAUGGCGCGAAUCCCGCGGGCCGCCAGGCGCUAGGCCCCCGCUGCCUGUCCGCAGUCCCCGCCCCAUCCCCGGCUGAAAACCCGAUCCCCGCCCCAGGCCUGGGACCCGCCGCGGCCUUCACGGGCACCGUCACCAUCCACAACCAAAACCUGCUGUUGCGCUUCGAGAACGGUGUCCUCACCCUGGCCACGCCCCCGCCGCCAGCCUGGGAGCCUGGGGUCGCGCCUGCCCCUCAGCCUGGGGGUCUGAUGGCUCCGCAAGCGGGGGUCCCGCACGCCGCGCAGCCCAGCGACUGCCCGGAGCUGCCGCCCGACCUCCUGCUGGCGGAGCCGGCGGAACCGGCGCCCGCCCCCGCGCCUGAGGAGGAGGCAGAGGGCCGAGCCGCAGCCGAGAGUCCCCGCAGGCCGCUGGGCCCAGGCCCGGGCGUGGUGCUGUACCUGUGUCCCGAGGCGCAGUGCGGACAAACCUUCGCCAAGAAGCACCAGCUGAAGGUGCACCUGCUGACUCACAGCAGCAGCCAGGGCCAGCGGCCCUUCAAGUGCCCCCUGGGCGGCUGUGGCUGGACUUUCACCACCUCCUACAAGCUCAAGAGGCACCUGCAGUCGCACGACAAACUGCGGCCCUUUGGCUGCCCUGCGGAGGGCUGUGGCAAGAGCUUCACCACGGUGUAUAACCUCAAGGCGCACAUGAAGGGCCAUGAGCAGGAGAACUCGUUCAAAUGCGAGGUGUGCGAGGAGAGCUUCCCCACUCAGGCCAAACUCAGCGCCCACCAGCGCAGCCAUUUCGAGCCUGAGAGGCCGUACCAGUGCGCGUUUUCUGGCUGCAAGAAGACGUUUAUCACAGUGAGUGCCCUGUUUUCCCAUAACCGUGCCCAUUUCAGGGAACAGGAACUCUUUUCCUGCUCUUUUCCUGGCUGCAGCAAACAGUACGACAAGGCUUGUCGCCUGAAAAUUCACCUGCGGAGCCACACCGGUGAGAGACCUUUCCUUUGUGACUUUGACGGCUGUGGCUGGAACUUCACCAGCAUGUCCAAACUCUUAAGGCACAAAAGGAAGCACGAGGAUGACCGGAGGUUCAUGUGCCCUGUGGAAGGCUGUGGGAAAUCUUUCACAAGGGCUGAGCAUCUGAAAGGCCACAGCAUAACCCACCUGGGCACAAAGCCUUUUGUGUGCCCUGUGGAAGGCUGCUGUGCCAGGUUCUCUGCUCGCAGUAGUCUCUACAUUCACUCCAAGAAACACUUGCAGGACGUGGACACUUGGAAAAGCCGUUGCCCAGUCUCUACUUGUAAUAAACUCUUCACAUCCAAGCACAGCAUGAAGACCCACAUGACCAAAAGGCACAACCUCGGCCAGGAUCUCUUAGCUCAGCUGGAAGCUGCGAAUUCUCUUACGCCCAGCAGUGAACUUACCAGCCAGGGACAGAGUGAUCUCAGUGAUGCAGAGCUAGUGUCUCUCUUCUCUGAUGUGCCUGGCAGUAGUUCUGCUGCAGUGUUGGACACAGCAUUGGUGAACUCUGGAAUCUUGACUAUUGAUGUGGCUUCUGUGAGUUCAACUCUGGCAGGGAGCCUCCCUGCUAAUAAUAAUAAUUCCUUAGGGCAGGCUGUGGACCCUCGGGCCUUGAUGGCCACCAGUGACCUUCCUCAAAGUCUGGAUACCUCUCUCUUUUUUGGAACGACAGCCUCUGGUUUUCAGCAGAGUCCCUUAGAUAUGGAUGAUGUCCCAAGUCUAAGUGUGGGGCCAUUGGCAUCUCUGGGCUCUUUGACUAUGAAAAACUCAAGUCAAGAGCCCCAAGCUUUGACCCCCAGCAGUAAGCUAACAGUGGACACGGAUGCUCUGACUCCUUCAAGCACCCUUUGUGAAAACAGUGUCUCAGAACUACUGCCGCCAACCAAAGCAGAAUGGAAUGUACAUCCUGACUCUGACUUCUUUGGACAGGAGGAAGAAACCCAGUUUGGAUUCUCCUCCAAUCCAGCAGGAAACCAUGGUUCUCAGAAAGAAACAGAUCUUAUCACAGUGACUGGCAGCUCAUUUUUGGUAUGAACUAACUAUUAAUUCCUUGCCACGUGGCUUAUUCUUAUGAAUUACACUCAAUUUUUAGGCUAGUCUGGACUAAAUGUUUAAAUUCAGUCAUUCCUUAUAGGUUUAAAAAACAGCAACGCCCUGGGCUGUAAGUUUGGAGAUUAAAUUAUGAUCUUGACUCUGGAACUGUCAAGUUGUGUGACCCUGAGCAAGUUACUUAACCUAUCUGAGCCUUAAUUUCCUUAUUUAUAAAAUGAGGUGGUUUGAAUAGAUUGUUUCUAAGGUCUUUUCAGCUCUGUAAUUCCUUGAUAAUAAGCUUAUUUCUUUGGAAAAAAAAUUAGGACAUUUUUUAGUGAUUGUGGUGCAUGUGCUUUUUUUUCAAACGUACAUAAUAGUAUAAUGAACAGCCAUGUGCUUAGCACUCAACCUCAACUAUUAUCCAUUUGCAAACAGUUUUAUCUAAUCCCCACUCUAACCCUCAUCAAGAAUUAUUUUGGAAUAAAUACCAUACUUUACAUCAUUUCAACCAUAAUUAUUCUAUAUAUAGUUCUAUAAAGUAUGGUCUCUUUUGGAAAAAAUUACAAUUCCAUUAUCAUACUUAAUGUUAACAGUAACUCCUUAAUAUCAAUAAAUAUCCAGAUUCCAAUUGCAAUUGUCUCAUAAAUGCUAUUUAUGUUAGUAUUUUUAGUAUAAAAUUCCAGUAACUCUCAUAAGUCUUUUUCAUCUGUGUUUCCCGUUUGUCUCUUUCUUUGCACUUUUAUUUGUUGAAGAAAUAGGUUGUUUCACAUGUAGCAUUUACCACAAUCUUAAAUUUUUGUGAUUACAUCCUUGUGGUGUUAAGUUCCUUUACCCUCUGUUUCCUUAAUUUGGUAGGUGGAUCUAGAGACUUGAUCAGAAUGGAAGUAUGAUUUUGGGGGCAGGAAUAUUUCUUAGGUCAUGUAUUCUUUUUAUAAGGUGAUACAUAAUGUCUGGUUCUCUCUUUUUUUGUGAUAUUUGCAGCUGCUGCUGAUGAAUGCAUUUAUUGGUGAUUACCUGUGUUUCUGAUAUCAUGGGUUGUUCUUAUAGGAUUACUAUUAGUGGAGGAGGAAAUGCUGUUUAAGGCAUUUAUAAAAGUUUAAUUGAAGUAUUAUUCAAUGCCAGAAUAUUUUCUUAAAUAGUGAUAGAAUUAACAAGAAAAAAGAUAACAAAAAAUAUGUUGGCUAUUCUCACCAUUUAUAAUCCUGACCCUUUUUAAUGAGGUAGGAUUUGUUUUUGUUGAAGUUGUCAGCCAGAAUUUUGACAUGAAACAAGCCCAGGGUCAAAUUUGUGUGGGAUAAGUGGCCUUGAAUAAAUUAGUCUCACUAAGCCUGAGUUUCCUAGCUGUCAAAUGAUCAUAGCAAUGCACACACAUAGAUAACACACUUUAAACUUUUCUUCUUUUCCAGUUUUUAAUACGCAAGGAAAAGAAUUAUGUGCUUUGGCAUAUUUUUUUUUUUUUUUUUUUUUACCCUCUCAGGCCUUCCUUCUGUAAGGGAGAAAUUGAGAUAAUUUAAUCCUAUUAAUGUUUAGGCAGUAAGUUUUGUUAGGGUUAGAGUGAGGUAGGAUAGGGAAUCUGUAUUUUCUCCACUGAAUAAUCCCGCCCCCUUCCAGGAAUUUCUGUGGGGAAAUGCCAGGAGUGGAGACAUUGCUCACAGGUAUACUGCAACUCUUUCCCUUAGAUCAGUUUGUCACCUUCUUUGCUCUGCUUCCAAAGUCAGACUUUGCUGUGAUUACGGAGCCUGCUGUUGCAUGAAGCUUUGAUAAUGGAGCAGAGGUUUCCUCCUUUCUGUGGUCUGGAGAGCUCAUUGUUUGCAUUUUCUCAGAGUUGGAAGGAUAGAAUUAAUCUGAUUAUUGUGUGAGCUGUCUGUCUUAUAUGAGUACAGCUUUUGAAUUUUGUGGAACAUCUUCACAACUGGUAUCUUAUUUGUUGUUCAGAACAACCCUGUGUAGUAGUUUUGGCAAAGUCUGUAUUGUGACUGGUGACAGUUUAGCCAACUUACAUUCCAAAUGGGCUUUGGCUAGUGACUGACAGUUCUAUACAUAGCUUAAAACAAAGAAGAGAAUUUGUUUUCACCUCUCCUUUUCCACUCAUCCAACUUCCAUGAUUCAUUCCAGUGUCAAGACUAGCUGCUGUUUCGGACUUUAAUUGAUUUCUGUUACUUUCUGCUUAACCACUCCACUCCCUUGCAUGUGCAUGUGCAUUCCGGUCUUUGCCAUUCUUUUCUUUUUCUUAUUUUUUAAUGGAUAGUUUUCCUGCCCCUGUUUUCUCAUCUUAGAUAAUACUGUGUGUAACACACACACACACACACACACACACACACACACACAUGAUUCAUGAUAAACGAGAUUAUUUUCUACAUUGUUCAGAUGAGAAGUAGAUUUCUGUUUCAUUAUUUUCAUUUUUUAAAAGUUUUUGCCACAGAGUUUGGCUAACUAAUGCUCUCUUAUUUGCUGUAGUGUACUAGUCCAGUAGUGUUUGCACGUGAAUGUCUAUGGAUGACAGUUAUUGUAGCACUUUGGCAGUGCACUAAAAAUUUGCCACUUUGAAAUGUUUCUGUACUGUGUGUGGGUAUACACACAUACACACAUAUAUUUUUUUAAGUGGUUGUAUUCGUUUAGUGAAAAAAGUAGGCAUACUUUUGUAAAUCAGAAAUGUUCAGAAUUGUAUUGUCUACUCAUUCAACAGUUUUCUCCCUUUGCUUUGAAAUAUUUGUAUUUAUAAAGUGCAUUUCAAAAAUAUUGUCAUUCAUUAAGGUCUCUUAAAUAGACCAUUAUUUUUCAUGUCCAGAAGAUAUGUGUGUCAAGCAUCGAAAUGAAUGCACAAGUAGCAAACAUCAAAUAAAUUAUUUAAACACCAAGAGAAUUUAAUACUGUGACUUUAUUUUUUUUAAUCCCUUAAACCAACUUUC